CUCACUAUUAGUCUGUGGGCCAAAUUGACCAUACGAGUGAUACGAAAGUUCUUCAUUUGACGUUAGUCUUCUAAAAUUCUUUUGGUUCGUUUUAGUGUUAAACAUGGUGAAUUGUGCAGUUUACUUGUGCAAAAGAAGAUCUAAAACUUCAAAUUUACGCAAUCAUAAUGUCUCAUAUCACAAGUUUCCUAGAGAUCCUACAGUAAGACAAGAAUGGAGAAAAUUUUGUAACAGAAGUAAUAAAUGGAACCCUACACAAACAAGUGCCAUUUGCUCGGAUCAUUUUACGCAAUCCAGUUUCAAAAUAUAUUCAAACAUCAAGCGAAUAUUGAACAAAGGGGCAAUACCUACUCUUCGCACCUGUUACUGCUCGAAAACAAAACAAGAACAACAUUAUAAAAAUGAGGAGAUAUUAAAACCCCAACAGCAAACGUCUAAAAAGGCGCCUUCCAAAAAUGUAGAAAUUUCUACGAGUAAGAAGAUUAAAAGUGAUUUGAAUAAAAAAAACAAAAUCAUUAAGAAACUUCGAGAUAACAACCGAUAUUUAAAAGCCAGAGUUAUUACUUUAAAAGAAUGUGUAAAAAAGUUGCAAGAGAAGUCCUCAGUAAUAAAAGAAGAGUGUACUUUAGAAGAAAAAGAAACUUUGGAAAACAAGAACCCGAAAAGGUCAAGGAACAUGAGUAAAGAUCAAGAGGAAGUUGUCGUUCCUACGGAAUGUGGAUUGGCGGAAUGCCGGACAUGUCUCCAGGCGAUUGAUAAUAAUUCAGUUUUGGUCGAUUUAUUUCAAUGCUGGAUACCACCUUGGGAUGGCAUGGAGUCUACUAUAGCUGAGGAUUUAGCAAAACUCGCAAAUGUUCAGAUAACACAAACAGAUAAAUAUUCAAAAGUGAUAUGUGAGCCUUGUUGUCUAAAACUACAGAGUGCAUGUGAUUUUGCUUAUAUUGUACGAAAAAAUGAUAGAUUACUGCGUCAGAGAUAUCCACAAUCACCUGAAAAUAAUGACAAUUGUAAUAAUAUCAAGACAAUAUGGCCUAAACCUAUUCAAAUAGAUAAAAAUAUCAAUGGGACAUAUGAUAAUUACGGGGAUGUCGAUAUUAAGCAAGAAGUGAUGUCGGAAGAUGAAUAUAAUGAAAUGGAUUAUCCUAGAGAAGAAAUGGCUAGUUUAGAUAUUAAAAUUGAACCCGAAGAGUUGAUGCAACCUAUGUUAUUGCAACCUCAGGAACACGAACAAAUUGAUGAGACACAUUCACCUUAUCUGGAGUUAAAUGGACAUGUUUUUCAUGACUUAAAUGAGGAGAUUCCAUUAACAAAUGGUAAUGAUGGUAAAGACGAUCUUCUAGAAAUAAAGGAGGAACCACUUAGUGAUAUAGAUGAUGUAGAUGUUAUACCAACAGAUCUUCCUCUGGUGUGUAUGUUGUGCUGCAAAGAACUGAACAGUGUCACCGGCUUGAAGGCUCAUGUGAUCGCUCAACAUUCUUAUAAAUCAGUGAAAAGAAAGUCUGGAAGUUGUUCACCGGAGAAGAGGAAAAGGAAACAGGAAUUUGUUUGUGGUACAUGUCAAAGGAGAUUUAUGACAUCAACAGAUCUGAUGGUUCAUGAGACUUGUCAUAACAAGAGUGUUUGUUAUGCAUGUUCAGCAAAGUUUGAUUCAUUUGAACAGCUCACUAAACAUAGUCGGAAGUGCAAAGCAAUCGCGAAUAAGGAGCCACAGAAGCCCAAGACUUUGGAGGAUGUUAAAAGACCAAUAAUUCGUGACACGUUUUCCAUCAGUCAACCGAAAACAAAACCAGAAAAUGUGACUUUUAAAUGUGAAUCAUGUGACGAAGAGUUCAGUGAUAAAUAUUAUCUGACGAUACACGAAGAGAUUUAUCAUACAAAGAGUGAACAAUGUAGUGAAGUGAAUGAAAAUGGUGAUGUGCAAAUGGAGGACACUUUAAGAAGUGUUUUUGGUAGUGAUAGCAGUUAGUUUUCUUUGAAUUACGUAUAUAUACAUAAUAUACGUGAGUUAUGGACUUAUGUGUAGUGGAAGUUAAGUUAAACUAAGACUUGACCUUUAUCCCACCUGAUGUUAUGUGAUGUGAUCGAAAGAUGGUAUGCGGUAGCUUAGAACAAAAUAUUGAUUUCUGGGGUGUGGAGAGUUUACCCUUCACAUAUAGAAACCUUACAGUGACAACAUGAUAUAACCUGCACAUACCUGUGAAGAAAUUUAAAGGUAUGUGAGAAGUCAACCCGCACUAGGUCUGCGUGGUUGACUAUGGCCUAGUUACCUAACUUGGAUAGACUCCUAGCCCCUCAGUGGUGACAUAUAGUGAGCUGAUGAUAAUAUAACCUGUAUAUCAAUGCUAGUGUUUUAAAUUUAGAUUGUUGUCACAGUGUAAACUAUUUUAUCUGAUGAAAAAAUUCUAGAAAUGAAACCUUUGCAAAUAUUUUUUCAAUAAAACAGUGUUUAACCUUGUUCAUUGGUUUAUAUCAGUUUAAAUUGUUACGAAACGCGGUAUUAUGUAUAAAAAUGUAGCAAUGACUUUUUUUUCCUAUAUUUUAUAAAUUGCAACAUUUUAUGUAUGUUAUUUUGUGCAUGUUUUUGUAUGUAAUAAAUUAGUAUAAAUUAAAUCUCAAC